AUGGCCGAUCCGACAAGACUAGAGGGUGAACGGGUCUUCUGCCACCAGUGCGAGAACGAAUGGGAUAGAGCGCAUGGAGGACUGACUUGUCCGAGAUGUGAGGGUGACUUUACAGAGAUUAUCGAACCACAGAGCACGUCAGUCCCAGAAUCCAGUCGACAAACAUCUGCCUCGCCAGCCGCGGCGCGUGAAUCGCCUCUGCAGCCUCUAUUUGACCACAACCCGUGGAAUGACGACCUGGACCCCCAAGGUGAUGAUGGAUUUACCACGUUCGAGUUUACAAGCAAUCAUGGAGGUGGGAGGAUCUCUUUCACUUCGAGAUCGUUCCGCAUGAACAGCCCGGGAAGAAAUGUCGGAUCCAUGCCCCCGAAUCAUUUACGCCCGGUAUCGCCAUUCGAAAUUCCCAUUGAACAUCCGAUGGGUGCCCCCGUACCCCACGCACAUGCUGGGCCUGGCACUUUACAAGAUUUAUUCUCCCUCAUCUUGCAAUCGAUGCAACCUGCGAUGCCACUUCGGCCGGGCGUUCCCGGUGGCCGCCCGCCCGGCCAGCAACCGUACCCGUUCGACCUUUUAAGCCAGCUCUUCAAUCCGGGCAAUGCACAACACGGCGACAUGGUCUUUACGCAAGAAGCCUUCGACCGUGUCAUGACACAGUUGAUGGAACAGAAUCAAUCGGGCAAUGCACCUCCUCCAGCGCCGGAAGAAGCAAUCAAGUCGCUCAAGAAGAAGAAUGUGGACCAGGAAAUGUUCGGGAGCGACGGAAAGGCCGAAUGCUCCAUAUGCAUGGAAAAUGUCGAAUUGGGGGACGAAGUGACAGUGUUGCCAUGCUCACACUGGUUCCACGGAGCCUGCGUGACUGCCUGGUUGAAGGAGCACAACACCUGUCCUCACUGUCGAAGACCGAUCUCAGGCUCCAACGACAGCCAUGAACAGAGUACACCCCGACGAAGAAUGGGCUCUCGCUCUUCUUCUGGCUCGACUCCACGCGGAUUCGGCGCAGAAGGCACUCGCUCCAAUCCCUUCACCAUUCCAGAUAGUCCUAGCGAUCGGCCGGAAGCCAGACAGUCAUAUUACGGACACCGGAGAGAUUCAGACUCGCACCGUUCCGACCAUGCGGGGUCUCCGACAAGUAACCAAGACAUGGGGCGACGUUCUUCUACGAGACGUGUUGGAGAGAGUUCAGCAAAUCGAGGCAACAACUUCGGGGGAGGGGUCACCGGUUGGAUUAGAGAUCACCUGCCGUUUCCGUGA